AUUUUUCCCAUUCAAGUGAGCAUAAGUUCCCUAUUCUACUAAGGAUUUGGUGCACCUUCUACUUCCUAAUGUCAUGUUCCUAUCUUCUUAUACAUCUUGGCUUGUAUUGGAAACAUUCAUCCUUACCAUUCCUGCUAUGGGUAUCUGAUGUUGUAUCCGUUAUUGCUGGUUUGUUAUUUUUUUAUGCUGGAUUGUUUGGUAAGGGACGAGAAGACGAAUCUUUCCAUCUUUUAGAGCCUCUUUUGAAAAUUAGUUCCAGCAAAAAAAAUGGUGAUGAUGAGCAAGAACCAAAUGUCGGUGGAGACAGUGUAACUCCUUAUGCAAAUGCCAAUCUUCUUAGUAUUUUUACUUUCUCUUGGAUGGGCCCUUUGCUUGCAUUAGGGUAUAAAAGAACACUAAACCUUGAAGAUGUUCCUCAGCUUGCCAAUUGUCAUAGUGCCAAUGUGGUCUUUGCUCAUUUUAGAAAUAAACUUGAAUCUGAUGGUAAUGGUAUUGGUAAUGGUGGUCAAGUAAGCACACUCAAGUUGGUAAAGGCAUUGAUUCUCUCAACGUGGAAAGAAAUUUUAUGGACGGGUUUACUAUCCAUGGUAUGCACAUUGUCUUCUUAUGUUGGACCAUACCUUAUUGAUACCUUUGUUCAAUAUCUUAAUAGCCCUUACCAACUAAAAUAUAAAGGCUAUGUUCUUGUGAUCAUUUUCUUUCUUUCAAAGCUCAUAGGGUGCUUCUCAGAGAGACAUUUGUUCUUUAAAUUGCGAAAUAUGGCAAUUAAGAUCCGUGCUGCUUUGUUCUCAACAAUCUAUAAGAAGUGUCUCAAGAUUUCCAGCCAAUCAAAACAAGGUGGGGAGAACAUUAAUUUGAUGAGUGUUGAUGUUGAAAGGAUUGGAUAUUUUAGUUGGUACUUACACGAUAUAUGGAAGGUGCCUAUUCAGAUUGUUCUAGCAUUGUUGAUCUUAUACAAGAGUCUUGGACUUGCUUCACUUGCAGCUUUUAUUGCCACAUUGAUUUUAAUGUUAGCAAAUGUUCCACUAGGAAAACUACAUGAGAAAUUUCAGGGGGAAUUGAUGGAUUCAAAAGAUAGAAGAAUGAAGGUGACAUCUGAGGCUCUAAGAAAUAUUAAGAUUCUCAAGCUUCAGGGUUGGGAUAUGAAGUUUUUGGCUAAGAUAAUUGAGCUCAGGAAAUUUGAAACAAAAUGGUUGAAAAAGUUACUUUAUACGUCAGCUAUUAGUGCUUUUGUCUACUCUUCUGCUCCCAUGUUUGUAUCCAUGGUUACUUUCGGGUUUUGUAUGUUUAUAGGAAUCCCGCUAGAGUCGGGGAACAUUUUAUCUGCACUUGCAACAUUUGAGAUAUUGCAAUGGCCUAUUUAUAAUCUCCCAGACACAGUCUCCAUGGUAGUCCAGACUAAAAUUUCCCUUGAUCGGAUAGCAUCAUACCUCUCUCUUGAUGAUCUGCAUCCAAAUACAGUACAAAAUCUUCCAAGAGAUGCCAUCAAGGUUGCAAUUGAGAUAGUCAAUGGGAAUUUCUCUUGGGAUCUUCAUUCUCCUAAUCUCACAUUAAAAGAUCUUAAUUUAUGUGUAUACCGUGGUAUGAGAGUAGCUGUCUGUGGCUCUGUUGGGUCAGGAAAGUCAAGCCUACUUUCAUGCAUAUUGGGAGAAAUGCCAAAGGUAUCUGGAGACAUUUGGUUGAAUGGAACAAAAGCUUAUGUUGCACAAUCACCUUGGAUACAAAGUGGUAAGAUAGUAGACAAUAUAUUGUUUGGUAAAGAGAUGGAUAAGGAAAGGUACGAGAUGAUCCUUGAAGCAUGUUCAUUGAAUAAGGACCUAGAAUUGUGUACCUUUGGGGACCAAACUAUCAUAGGGGAGAGGGGGAUCAACCUAAGUGGUGGACAGAAGCAAAGAAUUCAGAUUGCACGUGCUUUGUACCAUGAUGCAGAUAUUUAUUUGCUUGACGAUCCUUUUAGUGCUGUGGAUGCUCACACAGGUGCUCAUCUAUUUAAGGAAUGUUUGCUGAAAAUUUUGGGUUUAAAAACAGUAAUUUAUGUUACCCACCAAAUAGAGUUUUUACCUUCUGCUGAUCUUAUCUUGGUUAUGAGAGAUGGAAAGAUUACUCAAGCAGGAAAAUACAAUGAAAUUCUUAGUGCAGGAACUGAUUUUAUGGAAUUAGUAGGUGCACAUAAGAAUGCUUUGGCAUACCUUAGUUCUGUCGAGCAUAGGGCUGCUUUGGAUAAUUUAAUUAAUGGUGAGGAAGAUCGUAAUAUACUACAUAACGAUAAAUCUAUUCAAGAUAACGAGGGAAGGGAACCCAAAAAUUACAAAACAGAAAAACUAGUUAGGCCAGAAGGGCAGCUUGUCCAAGAAGAAAAAAGAGAAAAGGAUGGAGUCAGUUUUUCUGUCUAUUGGAAGUAUAUUACUGCUGCAUAUAGAGGGGUUUUUGCACCAUUUAUAUUGCUAGCACAAAUUCUUGUCAAGCUUCUCCAAAUAGGCAGUAGUUAUUGGAUGGUGUUGGCUACUCCUGUUUCAGAGGAUCUGAUACCUCAUGUUAAAGAAUCCACUAUCAUUUUUGUUUAUAUUACUUUGAUCCUUGGUAGCUCUCUAUGUGUACUUAUAAGGUCCAUGCUUAUUGUAACUGCUGGAUAUAAGACCGCCACUUUUCUUUUCAACAAAAUGCACUUAUGUAUUUUUCGUGCUCCCCUAUCAUUUUUCGAUUCUACUCCAAGUGGAAGGAUUCUAAAUCGGGUAUCCAUAGAUCAAAGUGCAGUUGAUACCUUUAUUCCACAUCAAAUUGAAGAACUUAUUAUCUCGAUCCUAGGAUUCUUGGGAACUGUUGCAGUAAUGUCACAAGUUGCAUGGAAAAUGCUAAUAGUUUUUAUUCCGAUGACUGUGACAUGCAUUUGGUACCAGAAAUACUACAUAUCUGCAGCACGAGAAUUGUCACGACUGUUUGGAGUGUGCCAGGCUCCAAUUAUACAACAUUUUGCAGAAUCUAGUUUAGGUUCAUCCACAAUCAGGGGCUUCAAUCAAGAAGAGAAAUUUAUGGAUACAAACCUCAAGCUGGUGGAUAGUUAUGCUCGGCCCAAAUUUCAUUUCUCUGGUGCAAUGGAGUGGUUAUGCUUCCGCAUGGAUAUGUUGGCAUCGAUCACAUAUGUUAUCUCUUUGGUUUUCUUGAUUUCCUUACCUAAGGGAGUACUCAGUCCUGGUGUUAUGGGUUUAGCAGUCACAUAUGGGCUUGGUUUCAGUAUGCAUGGAGUCAUAUGGGAUCUUAACCAACUUGAGACUAAAAUCAUAUCGGUUGAGAGAAUACUACAAUAUGCUUGCAUUCCUAGUGAACCCCCUCUGUUGGGUGAAGAAAAUGGGCUAGAUUGUGAAUGGCCAUCACAAGGGAAAGUUGAUAUUGUUGAUCUGCAGGUCCGAUAUGCCCCACACCUUCCUCUUAUCUUGCGAGGUCUCACAUGCACUUUUCCUGGAGGGAUGAAGAUUGGCAUCGUUGGACGAACGGGAAGUGGUAAAUCAACUCUUGUACAGUCUCUCUUCCGCGUACUUGAACCUACAGCUGGUCAGAUUUGGAUAGAUGGUAUCAACAUUUCUAAGAUUGGCUUGCAUGACUUGCGGUCAAGAUUGAGCAUCAUCCCACAAGACCCAACAAUGUUUGAGGGGCCUCUAAGAACCAAUCUUGACCCAAUGAAAGAGUACACUGAUGAACAUAUUUGGGAAGCUUUAGAUAGAGUUCAGCUUGGUGAUGAAGUUAGAAAGAAAAAAGGGAAACUUGAUUCUACAGUGACUGAGAAUGGAGAGAAUUGGAGCAUGGGUCAAAGACAGUUAGUCUGUUUAGGACGGGCACUACUCAAGAGAAGCAAAGUAUUAGUACUCGAUGAAGCUACUGCAUCUAUGGAUACUGCGACUGACUAUCUAAUUCAACAAACGAUUAGGCAAUACUUCUCAGAGUCUACUGUAAUCACAAUUGCACAUAGAAUAACGUCAAUUCUUGAUAUCAAUCUGGUCCUCCUUCUUGAUAAUGGCCUUAUAUUGGAAUAUGAUUCCCCAACCAAGUUGUUAGAGAUCAAGUCCUCAUCAUUUGCAAAGCUUGUUAAUGAGUAUACUCAAAGAUGUAGCUCCUAGUUUUUGAAAUUCUAAAUAAAUGAGUUUUGAAUGUUCAAAUGUAAGCAGACUGCAUUAGACUGAGGUACAUUGCUAUUUUGAGUAU